UUAGUCUUCCAAAGAACCAUUGACCCCGGAGCGGCCCGUUUGCGACCUCGGGUAGGACGGCUGUGGCUGCGCCGAGUGUGGCCCUGGACCCAACAGGAAGAGACUGAGGGAAUGUGGGGUCUCGGGGUCUCGCAGUGGGGAGGAUUGAACACUACUGAACGCAGCUUGUGGAGGGCCGCGGGGUCCCAAGGUUUCCCGGUAGUGUGCCGCUUUACGUGAAGGCGUGGCGCGUGCCAUGAAAUACAGUGACUGAGAAAACUGCAGUAUAUUUAAAGUUGAAGGUUGCUGCUAAACUAAAGAUGGCAGACCCAGAUGUCCUGACUGAGGUUCCAGCAGCAUUGAAGAGGUUAGCCAAGUACGUGAUUCGGGGGUUUUAUGGCAUUGAGCACGCUUUGGCCUUGGACAUUUUGAUCCGGAACCCCUGUGUGAAAGAGGAAGACAUGCUGGAGUUGCUCAAGUUUGAUCGGAAGCAACUUCGAUCAGUUUUGAACAAUUUAAAGGGAGACAAAUUCAUCAAAUGCAGAAUGAGGGUAGAGACUGCUGCAGAUGGGAAAACCACUCGCCAUAACUACUACUUUAUCAAUUAUCGAACUCUUGUUAAUGUGGUAAAAUAUAAGUUGGACCACAUGAGAAGGAGGAUUGAAACAGAUGAGAGAGAUUCCACCAACCGGGCUUCCUUCAAAUGUCCAGUCUGUAGUAAUACUUUCACAGACUUAGAAGCUAAUCAACUCUUUGAUCCAAUGACAGGAACUUUCCGCUGUACUUUUUGCCAUACAGAGGUAGAAGAGGAUGAAUCAGCAAUGCCCAAAAAAGAUGCUCGCACACUUUUGGCAAGGUUUAAUGAACAAAUUGAGCCCAUUUAUGAAUUGCUUCGGGAGACAGAGGAUGUGAACUUGGCAUAUGAAAUACUUGAGCCAGAACCCACAGAAAUCCCCGCCCUGAAACAAAGCAAGGACCGUUCAGCAACUCCUGCUGGAGCUGCUGGAUUGGCAGGUGGGCACCACCGAGAAGCAUGGACUACUAAAGGCCCCUCCUACGAAGACCUAUACACUCAGAAUGUUGUAAUUAACAUGGAAGAUCAAGAUGAUGUUCAUCGCACAUCGCUGGAGGGUAAAUCUGUCAAGGAGAGACCUAUUUGGUUGAGAGAGAGUACUGUCCAAGGGGCCUAUAGUUCUGAAGAGAUGAAGGAAGGUGGCAUAGACAUGGACGCAUUUCAGGAGCGUGAGGAAGGCCGUGCAGGGCCUGAUGAUAAUGAGGAGGUCAUGCGAGCACUCCUCAUUCAUGAGAAAAAGACUCCCUCUGCCACAGCUGGCUCAGUGGGGGCAGCUGCUCCUGUAUCUGCUGCCAAUGGCAGUGACUCAGAGAGUGAAACCAGUGAGUCUGAUGAUGACUCUCCACCUCGUCAAUCAGCUGCUGUGGCCGCACACCGUCGGGAAGAGGAUGAGGAAGAUGAAGAUGAGUUUGAGGAAGUAGCAGAUGACCCCAUUGUCAUGGUGGCUGGCCGUCCAUUCUCUUACAGUGAAGUGAGCCAGCGGCCAGAGCUGGUGGCCCAGAUGACACCAGAAGAGAAGGAAGCAUACAUAGCAAUGGGACAGCGCAUGUUUGAGGACCUCUUUGAGUGAUCUUUCCCUACCUUUUCCUCCUUUCUGUAAUGCUCACUGCAAAAAGAAAUUCCCCACCCUUGAAGAAAAGUGUUUCAGAGUCUUUCUGUCCCUGUUGAUGUUAAGCAACUGUUAAUGUUGCACAAAGAAUAACAGAAACGAAAGUUCAAUUUUUAUGCCAGAAACUUCUCAGAAAGGUAGGUUGGCUGUAAGCAUUCCCUUCCCUGCUAUUACUACAGUAUUAAUAUUUUACUGUAUUCCUUCUCUAAUUUUUUUCCUUUCCUUUGAAAGACAUUUUUCUCCCUUUUGAAAUGAGUAAGGAAAGCUCAUAAGGUAAAUUCAUCUUACCUGCCUUCAGAAGCCUACUACAAUAAAUUACAAUAAUUUACUGAUGCCAUCUUUUUACCUAUUCUGACCAAAUGUAUUCCAAACAAUUCCUUUUAUUGCUGCCAAUCAGAGCAGAUUGCUAGUAGACAAACCACUAAUGAGGGGAAACAUAUCAAAACUUCUUAUUUCCCCCCAAAUAAGGUUGGGGUCAAGAUGUAAGGAGAGGUGAGGGAGUAUGUAUGUGCAGAAGAGGGAAGGAUGUGCUUGAAUCUUGUGUAAUUAAUGUCUGAUCUGUAAGUCAUGUCUUUAGAAUUGACCACACUGGUAGAUUUUUUUGUUUUGUUUAAUGCCUUUUGGUUUGGAUUUUGGGUGAUAGAAUACAGUAUGCUUGUUAAGAAUUUAGAAAAAAAACAUGGACAAAGGACAAAAACUUCACAUAAAGGGUCGAAGAGUGAAGGGUAUUGGGAACAGUGCCUUAGAACUGCCUGAGUUUGUUAUGAUUUGAAAAUCAUUUAUACAAAAUUAAGACUGGUCCCAUUUUUUUCAUUCUAUAGGCCUCUUGCCACUACUGUAAGUUAAGAAGUUCAUUCCCCCAGAAAUAAGCAUGGAAUAAUUGUUUAUUCUCUCACACACAUUCUCUCCCUCUUUGUAAACAUCGUUGAAGACUUUGUCUUGCUUUUGAUUCUUGUCAGAUAUGGUAUUUUUAGAGUGCAUUCAGUAUAUUGCUGAGCAUUACAACCUUAAGAAACAUAGUUUAUUUGGGUUCUGAUAUGUAGCAUGGCAUUAUUCCUGAAGGCAGAACUUUAAAAUAAAGGACUUUCAUAUAAGGAUCUAUAACAAUUGUAUUUUUUUGUAAUAUUUUUCCUUGCAUUGUAAUUUUUAAGUAUUUAUCAUUUUAUAAUCCAUGUGUGAAAUUAAAUCAGCAUUUUAGAAUAUCUGAGCCUUGUAUGAAGUGAUCUUUCAUUUACCUGAGUUGUAUUAAUGACUGAAUAUUGACAAUAAACCUAUUUUAUACUAACUGGAA